CUGCCACCCACUCUCUGCCUCAAAGGAGCAAAGGGUAUGAGAGCUGAAUUAACACUGCAGGGUAAGAAGGAAGGUUACUGGUAGGAAGGAAUUAAAAAGAAGAUAAAAGUAAAGAUGGGAGAGUUUCAGAAAAAGACCAGGUUUGGGUUGCAGGGAGAACUUGCAGGCCAACUAGGAGGGAAGUUGGCACAGAGGACACAGGUGUGAGAAGGAAGAGCUGAGAGCUGAGAAAGUGCCGCCAGCAGCCUUCCCUGGCCUGAAAGCUCUCAAGUCGACCUAGCUCACUCAGCCCCAUCCGCCAACGCAGCAGCAGCGUGAUGCUCCAGUGCCUGACUCCCCAGCCUCCAUCCCAGCAUUGACAGGUUCACUGUUUUCUCUGGGUGUUCAGUCUUGGGAGACCCUGCAAAGCAGAGACGCUGGGCCACGUGUAGUGCAAGACUUCCUCUCUCCCUCAGCCUAAGAGGAAGCACUGUGCAUUCAGUUUUGACUGGCCAUUGUCUUCCCAGAAGUGCCCAGAGCAAGCCUGGUAAAGAGUGGCCAGAAGCUCCUGCCAGCAUAGCCGACGCCCCUGCCACAGUCUACAGGACAUCGAGCGGGGAAAUGCUGCGUCAGCACUGCCUGCUGCUCACCCUCUCCUGUCUGCUUUCCCUUGGGUCCGUUCUCUCCCAGGAGUGUACCAAAUACAAGGCCAGCACAUGCCAGGAAUGCAUCGAGUCAGGGCCUGGCUGCGCCUGGUGCCAGAAGCCGAACUUCCCGGGGCCAGGGGAGCCUGACUCCGUCCGCUGUGACACAAGGGCCGAGCUGACAGCCAAGGGCUGUGAAGCGGAUGACAUCAUGGACCCCAGAAGCUUCGCUGAGACCACGGAGAACCAGGAGGGGGGCCAGAAGCAGCUGUUCCCGCAGAAAGUAACGCUCCAUCUGAGGCCAGGUCAGGAGGCUGUGUUCAACGUGACCUUCCGGCGCGCCAAGGGCUACCCCAUCGACCUGUACUACCUGAUGGACUUGUCGUACUCCAUGCUCGAUGACCUCAUCAACGUCAAGAAGCUGGGGGGCGACCUGCUCCGGGCCCUCAAUGAAAUCACCGAGUCUGGCCGCAUUGGGUUCGGGUCCUUCGUGGACAAGACCGUGCUGCCCUUCGUCAACACGCACCCCGAGAAGCUGAAGAACCCAUGCCCCAACAAGGAGAAGGAGUGCCAGGCCCCGUUUGCCUUCAAGCACGUGCUGAAGCUCACCGACAACUCCAACCAGUUCCAGAGAGAAGUUGGGAAGCAGCUGAUUUCGGGAAACCUGGACGCCCCCGAGGGGGGCCUGGAUGCCAUGAUGCAGGUCGCGGCGUGUCCGGAGGAAAUUGGCUGGCGCAACGUCACGCGGCUGCUGGUGUUUGCCACAGACGAUGGCUUCCACAUUGCAGGCGAUGGGAAGCUGGGAGCCAUCCUGACCCCCAAUGAUGGCCACUGCCACCUUGAGGACAACAUGUACAAAAAAAGCAAUGAGUUUGACUACCCAUCCGUGGGCCAGCUGGCGCACAAACUGGCUGAAAGCAACAUCCAACCCAUCUUUGCUGUGACCAAGAAAAUGGUGGCAACCUAUGAAAAGCUUACUGAGAUCAUCCCCAAAUCUGCAGUCGGGGAGCUGUCAGAAGACUCCAGCAAUGUGGUCCAGCUCAUCAAGAAUGCCUACAAUAAACUUUCCUCCAGAGUCUUUCUGGAUCAUAACAUCGUCCCCGACACUGUGAAAGUCACCUAUGACUCAUUCUGCAGUAACGGAGUAUCACUUAUUAACCAGCCCAGAGGGGACUGCGACGGUGUCCAGAUCAACAGCCCGGUCACCUUCCAGGUGAGGGUCACAGCCACAGAGUGCAUCCAAGAGCAGUCAUUUGUCAUCCGGGCGCUGGGUUUCACAGACACAGUCACCGUGUCACUGCUUCCUCAGUGCGAGUGCCAGUGCAGGGACAGGAUCCAGGACCGCAGCCUCUGUGGUAACAAGGGCUCUGUGGAGUGCGGCGUCUGCAGGUGUGAUGCCGGCUACAUUGGGAAGAAAUGUGAGUGCCAGACACAGGGCCGGAGCAGCCAGGAGCUGGAAGGAAGCUGCCGGAAAGACAACAGCUCCAUCAUUUGCUCGGGGCUGGGGGACUGCAUCUGCGGGCAGUGCGUGUGCCACGCGAGUGACAUGCCCAACAAGAAGAUCUUCGGGCAGUUCUGCGAGUGUGACAACGUCAACUGCGAGCGCUACAAUAACAAAAUCUGCGGGGGCACUGAUCGUGGGGAAUGCCACUGCGGCAAGUGCCUCUGCAAACCGGGCUUCGACGGCUCGGCCUGCCAGUGCCAGAAGUCCACAGAUGGCUGCCUGAACCUGCGGCGGUCCGUUUGCAGUGGCCGUGGCCAGUGCGUCUGCAACGUGUGCGAGUGCGACAAGGACUACCAGCGGCCGUUCUGUGAGGAGUGCGUGGCCUGUGCCUCGCCCUGCGGUGAGAACGUCUUCUGUGCUGAGUGCCUGAAAUUCAACAAGGGCCCCUUCAUGAAGAACUGCAGUGUGGCGUGCAAUCAGAAGCUGAAACUGCGGAAUGAGCCCCGUGAGCAAAGUAAUCCCAGGCUGACCUGGAAGUGCAGGGAGCGGGACUCAGAAAGCUGCUGGAUGAGCUAUACCAUGUGGCAGGUGGAUGGAAGGGGCAUAUAUGAAAUGCACGUGGAAGAGAUUCGAGAGUGUCCAAAAGGCCCCAACGUAGCCGCCAUUGUGGGGGGCACUGUGGCAGGAGUCGUGCUGAUCGGUGUCCUCCUGCUGGGCAUCUGGAAAGCUCUGACCCACUUUAGUGACCUCAGGGAGUACAAGCGCUUCGAGAAGGAGAAGCUCAAGUCUCAGUGGAACAAUGAUAACCCCCUUUUCAAGAGUGCCACCACAACAGUCAUGAACCCCAAGUUUGCUGAGAGUUAGGGCACUUGGUGAAGACAAGGUCGUCUGAGCCAACCAGACGGAACCACCCACAAACCAUGUCUCCUCCAUCAAGCCGACUACAGCCCUGCUCUGUGGACAUGUCUUACAAUGCCUGACAAUUUCAUCUAUUAACUGAAAACCUACUGUUAUUUUCUCCCUCAAAAUGACAGGGCAAGGUGAUUAUAUGGAUUCCUCAGGAGGCACAGUUCCCCCUUCUGAUAUGUAUGACCUUUCAAUACAGACUUGCAAAAGGGAUUGCGGGGGUCUUAUAAGGUUACAUGCAUGUUUCCUGUGUAAAAAUGAGGAUGGCAAGUCUGGUGAAAGGUGGUAAAACUGUACUUAUAUUUGCACUUAUCAGGAAAAGCACAUCCAUUGCUUAUACUGUUCCCCUAUCACGUGUAUAGAAAACAUCAAUAAAC